GGGGCGGGGGUGGCUCAGUGCAAAGUGCAUCCCGAAAGCCCCCUGCCUGGAGUCCCCGCGGCUGGCACUUCGGACCCUGAAUGACCUGGGACCUCGCUGCCCCGAGACCUCCCGUGUCCCCUCGUAGCUGGGAGCCUCCGGCCCGGAGCGCGGCAGCCCCCUGCUCCGAGCCCUCAGACGGGGACUGCCCCCCCACACGAGCCGGGACUUCCUCCCUGCACCCCUGCCCCGAGGCUGCCCGGCGGCUAGGACCGCCGCUUCCAGUCUGCUCGGCAGUCUGGAUGCUCGCCGGGCUGGGGCCGUGAGGCAUCGAGGAGGAUCAAGAACACCCGUGUCUGGCCCUGCCUGGGCUGUUUCUUCAAUGGAGAAGUUGGUGAGUGUGGAGGAGGCUGAAAGAAAGAAGAGAAGCAGCAGCUGAGGAGACAGGUUUGAGCUGGCUGGCUAGGGGAGGCGAGAGAGCAGGAACGGGGCUGCCCACCCACCAGAGAAGCAGCAAAGAGCCUCUGACCAGCAUCCUCCAUAAAGGUUAAGAAAGAGCUCAUUGACACCGGAAUCUGGACACACUCUGAGCCCCCUACUCACGAUGCUGUAUGUGCACAAUGGUUAUUAGGCAAUCCACGUAUCAGGAAAAGGGGCAUUCUUCCCGUAAGGCUGAUCCCUGUGACCUAAUGAAUCCUUUGUAAAAAGUGGACUCAGCUAGGAUGUUACACCACCAUUGUCGAAGGAACCCUGAACUCCAGGAAGAGUUGCAGAUUCAAGCUGCAGUGGCUGCCGGGGAUGUUCACACGGUACGAAAGAUGUUAGAACAAGGCUAUUCUCCAAAUGGCCGGGAUGCUAAUGGCUGGACCCUGCUUCAUUUCUCUGCAGCAAGAGGAAAGGAAAGAUGUGUUCGAGUAUUUCUAGAACAUGGAGCUGAUCCCACAGUUAAGGACUUAAUCGGAGGCUUCACUGCACUUCAUUACGCAGCCAUGCAUGGCCGGGCCCGGAUUGCACGCCUGAUGUUAGAAUCUGAAUACAGGAGCGACAUUAUUAAUGCAAAAAGCAAUGAUGGCUGGACUCCCCUUCAUGUGGCUGCUCACUAUGGUAGGGACUCAUUUGUCCGACUCCUACUGGAGUUCAAGGCUGAGGUCGACCCGCUCAGUGAUAAAGGUACAACACCGCUUCAGCUCGCCAUUAUCCGAGAGAGGUCAAGCUGUGUGAAAAUCCUCCUGGACCACAAUGCCAACAUCGACAUUCAGAACGGUUUCCUGUUGCGAUAUGCUGUGAUCAAAAGCAAUCACUCUUAUUGCCGAAUGUUCCUUCAGAGAGGAGCAGACACAAACUUGGGUCGCUUAGAAGAUGGACAGACUCCUUUACAUUUGUCUGCCCUUAGGGAUGAUGUGCUUUGUGCACGGAUGUUAUAUAAUUAUGGAGCGGACACAAACACAAGGAACUAUGAAGGACAGACCCCACUGGCUGUUUCAAUAAGCAUUUCUGGAAGUAGUCGACCGUGUUUGGAUUUCUUACAAGAAGUCACAAGACAGCCCAGAAACUUGCAGGACCUGUGCCGAAUUAAAAUUCGACAAUGUAUAGGCCUUCAAAACCUAAAGCUACUUGAUGAACUACCAAUUGCCAAGGUCAUGAAAGACUACUUAAAACACAAAUUUGAUGAUAUCUGAUAUACACAGAACUGUGAGCAAGAUUAGGAGUUA